AUGAAGAAGAAGACCACCCUUCUUGAUCUCUCACUUCUUCUCAUCACCUUCGUUCUCGCCUCCUCAUCACUCUCCGUCGUCUGUGGUGCUCAGGAGCACCACCACCACAACGGCAUUAUCAGCCAUGGAGCUCUCUCCCACGCCGAAGCCCUCUACAUCAAGCAGCGCCAGCUCCUCUACUACAGGGACGAGUUCGGCGACCGAGGCGAGCUAGUCACCGUCGACCCAUCUCUGGUUUUCGAGAACCAGAGAAUCAGAAAUGCUUACAUAGCUUUACAAGCUUGGAAGCAAGCCAUUCUCUCCGACCCGCUUAAUCUCACGGGUAAUUGGGUCGGAUCUAAUGUCUGCAGCUACACCGGAGUCUUCUGCACAAAAGCCCUAGACAACAGCUCCAUCCGAACCGUAGCUGGGAUUGAUCUCAACCAUGGCGACAUUGCUGGGUACUUGCCUGAAGAGCUUGGGCUGCUUGUAGAUCUCGCAUUGUUCCACAUCAACUCCAACCGCUUCUGCGGGACUGUGCCUCACAAGUUCAAGCAGCUCAAGCUGCUCUUUGAGCUCGAUAUCAGCAACAAUCGGUUUGCUGGGAAGUUUCCUCGGGUUGUUCUUCAGCUGCCAAAGCUAAAAUUUUUGGAUCUGAGGUUCAAUGAGUUCGAAGGGACUGUGCCCAAGGAGCUGUUCGACAAGGACUUGGACGCCAUUUUCAUCAACCACAACAGGUUCAGGUUCGAUCUGCCGGAUAACUUCGGGAACUCGCCGGUCUCCGUCAUCGUCCUCGCCAACAACAAGUUCCACGGCUGCGUUCCGGCGAGCCUGGGCAACAUGUCGAACCUCAACGAGAUCAUUCUGAUGAACAAUGGGUUCAGGUCCUGCUUGCCGGAGGAGAUUGGGAUGCUCAAGAACUUGACGGUGUUUGAUGUGAGCUUCAACCAGUUCUUGGGUUCGCUGCCGGAGACGAUUGGAGGGAUGGUGAGCUUGGAGCAGCUCAAUGUGGCCCACAACUUGCUAUCUGGGACGAUUCCGGCCAGUAUUUGCUCGCUGCCGAGGCUGCAGAAUUUCACUUACUCUUACAACUUCUUCACCGGCGAGCCGCCGGUGUGUCUGGGCUUGGCGGGUUUCGAUGAUAAGAGGAAUUGCUUGCCGAAUAGGCCGGCGCAGAGGCCGGCGGCGAAGUGUAAGUCGUUCUUGUCUAGGCCCGUGGAUUGUAAGUCGUUUAGAUGUAAACCCUUUGUUCCUUCUUUGCCUUCUCCUCCUCCGCCUUCGCCACCGCCUGUUUUGGUUCCUUCACCGCCUCCCCCGGUUGUUUUACCCCAAUCGCCACCACCUCUACCUCCACCGCCACCGGUUUUCUCACCACCCCCACCACCCCCACCGGUUUUCUCACCACCCCCACCACCGCCUCCAGUUUACUCACCACCCCCACCACCUCCUUCACCGCUACCCCCACCACCGCCACCGCCACCGCCACCACCUCCACCUCCCACACCGACCCCGCCCCCACCUUCCCCACCACCACCACCUCCCCCGUCACCUCCACCACCACCGCCACCAACAGCAUCGCCACCACCUCCACCAACAGCAUCGCCGCCAUAUUGUGUGCGGCCCCCACCACCACCGCCACCAAAUUCACCACCACCACCGGCUCCAUUGAGCUCUCCACCUCCACCCACUCCUUACCUUUACAAUUCACCUCCACCCCCACCUCCUCAUUCACCACCACCACCUCCACAUUCACCACCACCACCAAUUUAUCCGUAUCCAUCACCUCCACCUCCCGUCCAUUCCCCACCUCCCCCAGUGUACCAGUCCCCUCCACCACCACCACUUUGUAUAGAGCCACCCCCUCCACCUUCCCCACCACCACCAUGUAUUGAGUACUCACCACCACCACCACCACCAACUCCCAUUGUGUACUUGCCCCCACCUUCACCCUCACCACCACCUCCUGUCUAUUCUUCCCCACCUCCACCGGUUCAAUAUAGUUCUCCACCCCCACCUCCCCCAGUCUACCAGUCCCCUUCCCCACCACCACCGGUUCAAUAUAGUUCUCCACCCCCACCUGUUCACUACAGUUCCCCACCCCCACCAUCACCAUCCCCACCACCCCCAAUUCCAUGUGAAACGCCACCACCUCAUUCAUCCCCACCACCACCGUCGCCACCGGUUCACUACCAUUCCCCACCCCCACCGGUUCACUACAGUUCACCAACACCGCCAAUUGUUUAUGAAAGCCCACCGCCUCCCACUCCUGUAUAUGAGGGCCCAUUGCCACCCAUCUUUGGAGUUUCAUACGCGUCUCCUCCGCCACCACCCUUCUAUUGA